AUGAAAGUAGUCAGGACAUAUGGUAAAGCAUCUGGCCAAUGUAUUAACUUUGAUAAAUCUUCCUUACUCUUUGGUAAGAGGAUUAAUGCAGCUACUAGGCAAGAGAUUAAAGAUGUACUUGGAAUACAUAAUGAUGGUGGGAUGGGAAAGUACUUGGGAAUCCCAGAGGAUAUUAGUGGCUCCAAAUGUAAACUCUUUGCAUUUCUAAAGGAAAACCUGAUGCAUAGAGUAAAUGGAUGGACAGGUAGAUGGCUCUCAAAAGGGGGGAAAGAGGUAAUGAUCAAGUCCAUUUUACUUGCUCUUCCGACAUACGUUAUGUCGAUGUUUCUGCUCCCAUUAGAGAUUUGUGAAAACCUUGCUAGUGCCAUUGCACAAUGUUGGUGGAGUUCGAAUCCACCAAAAAGAAAAAUACACUGGGCGAAAUGGGAAAAGGUCUGUCUACCAAAAGAAGAGGGCGGGAUUGGCUUCCGUUUAAUUCAUAAGUUUAAUCUAGCACUAUUGGCAAAGCAAUUAUGGAGAUUGGUUCAGUACCCUGAUUCACUGGUUGCCAGAGUCCUAAGGGGUAGGUAUUAUAGAAUGACGUCGACAUUAAGAGAAAUCUCUGCAAGUAGUCCAUCAUAUGUGUGGACAAGCAUUUUCGCCGCAAGGAAGUUUUUGCUUCUAGGGAUCAUACAGAAGAUUCAUUCUGGUUAUGAAGUAAAGGUGUGGGAGGAUCCGUGCAUUCCAACGACACCUGCUAGAUCAGCUACACCUGUAGCGCCUGUGAUGCACCUGAAUAUAAGAGUUAGUGACCUCAUUAAUCAGGAAUCGAAAGAAUAG